AUGGGAAAGAGAGGAACAAGGUUACCAGGGUUCUGCCUGAACAGAAUUAGGCCUCAUGCUAGAGUGCGUUCCCCUCCUAUACAAGCCAAGCAUGACACAAGUGCCACUAAAAUUGAUCAAAAAACUGAGAAUUCAUGCAGUUCUUGCGAUGAGAAACCUGAUGAUGGGGUUAAACCCGGGUCUGUUAUUGGUAGGAAGAUCAUGAUUGUGGUUGAUUCUAGCCUUGAAGCCAAAGGUGCUGUGCAAUGGGCACUCACUCACACAGUUCAGAACCAGGACACAAUAAUUCUUCUUCAUGUGAUGAAGCCUUCUAAACAAGCCACUGAAGAAGCAUCCAGCAAGGUGAUAGCUCCAAGAGCUUAUGAACUUGCUUCCUCCUUCAAGAAUAUGUGUCACAUGAAGAAGCCUGAGGUACAAAUUGAGAUUGCAGUAAUAGAAGGAAAGGAAAAGGGUCCAGAAAUAGUGGAGGAAGCCAAAAAACAAGGUGUGGCACUUCUGGUUUUGGGGCAGAAGAAGAGGUCCACAACAUGGCGUCUUCUCAUGAUGUGGGCAGGCCACAGAGUCACUGGUGGGGUGGUAGAGUACUGCAUACAGAAUGCUCAUUGCAUGGCAAUUGCUGUGAGAAGAAAAAGUAAGAAAAUUGGAGGCUAUAUGAUUACUACUAAGCGUCACAAAGAUUUCUGGCUCUUGGCUUAA